AUGGGAGGUCUUGACGGUGGCCGUGGUCUUACCGCCUGCGGCGGCGGCGGCGGCGGCGGUGGUGUUGGUCGUGUUGUCUGUGGUGGCCGUAGCUUUGUCUUCGGUGGCGGCGGCUUUGUCAGAGGAGGCAACGACGACGGUGGUGUUGUUCGAGACGGCGGCGGCAACAUCAGAUCUGGUCGUGGCAGCGACGUUCCCCACGUUACAAUGAAUGGCGGCGGACUUCCCCAGCCACAGGAACCAGGUUUCCACCCCGAUGAUCUUCCAUUUGUACCAUCGCUAACUAUAAAACAGUUCAGGUGGCUAGAAUCAACAUUAUGGGGGCUUAGGGUGUGGGACAUCUUCGAGAACAUGACAAGUGAGGUCGAGAAUGAUGAAGGAGAUGAGAUAUGGACGUGCAAUCAUGCCUUCGAGAUAUUCAUUAGGAACAAUAUUGAGACAAUUGAGCGAAUUGGCUACCAUGUACCUGUUUGGUCAUGGAUGAAGAUGCAAGCUUUAAUGCAGUAUAGUGUGGACGUGCAGCUAAUAAGCGAGAGUCAUGCAACAAUCGUUAUGCCCUAUUUUUUUGAGAGAACUGGAGAGGUCAUGGAGACCUCUACUGAAAUUUAUUGA